CGAGUUUUUACAGCGUCUUUGCGGCGCCGCGAACCAGCUGGUCACAAAACGGAUCGAUUAGUGUUAUCACGAUAAUAUUGUCUAUGAUGGUAGCUCACUGCUGUGCUGUGAUGAUAUACGAAGUGUGGAUAACAAAAGGUUUAAGUUUUUGACAAGUGUGAAGUGACAACGUAUUUACCAUUUGGUGUGAUUUCUGUAAUCCUGUGUAAUAAUCAAACCGUACUCACAUCUCUGGACCACAAAAAAGCGAUACGUACUGAUCGAGUUUUUAUUUUCGUCCGUCUGUCGUCCUGUCAGUAGGACCGGAAACCCGUUCGAGCGAAACGUCCAACACGCCGCUGCCGAUGACGACUUGACGGGUACGCGACUCACUGAAAUUGGCAUGUCGCUUGACACCGACGGUUGUCCGCAGCAGAAAGAGUACGAUUAUCUACUGAAAUUCCUCUUGGUCGGUGACAGUGAUGUGGGCAAACAAGAGAUGCUCAACGAUCUUGAGGACGGAUCAUCGGAGUCACCAUAUUGCAGCGGAAGCGCGUACAAAACUACUAUUAUACUCUUGGAUGGCAAACGAGUAAAAUUGCAACUUUGGGAUGCAUCAGGUCAAGGGCGUUUAUGCACAAUAAUUAGAUCUUAUUCAAGAGGAGCACAAGGGGUUUUGUUAGUCUAUGACAUAACUAACAAAUGGUCAUUUGAUGGAUUAGAUAGAUGGUUAAAAGAAGUUGAAGAGCAUGCACCUGGAGUUCCAAAAGUCUUGGUUGGCAAUCGUUUGCAUUUGGCAUUCAAAAGACAAGUUAGUGUCAAAGAAGCAGAAUCCUAUGCCUCAAAACACCAUAUGACUUUAUUUGAAGUUAGUCCACUCUGUGAUUUCAACAUUAGAGAAAGCUUUACUGAACUAGCAAGGAGAGCAUUACAUAGAAAUGGAAUGGAAAGACUCUUGCGAUCAAACAAAGUGUUAAGCCUCCAAGAGUUGUGUUGCCGUGCUAUUGUAGCAAGGACUACUCAGUAUGGUAUAAAUCAGUUGCCUCUACCUGUACCAAUUAAGUCACAUUUAAAGUCAUAUGCAUUGACUAGUUUCUCAACUUUAUCUAUGUCAUUACCACGUAAUGCUUCGGCAUCCAAAAAAAUUAAAUUACCUUCCAACAAUACGGGUGUAUCAAGACAACAUGGUCACCCCGCACAUUCUCUAUCGCAUCAUCAUCAUUUGAAAAACACACCAUUGAGCAUUUCAACAUCAUACAUUACAAGGAACUCUUGUACAAUUUCAUGACUUAAAUUAUAACAUUAGUAAUAUGCCCACUGAUUUAAGUUUAUUUUAAAAUGUUUAGUAAGUGUAUAAUUGUAUGUUAAACAACGCAUAGUAUGUAAUUUUUUUUAUUUGAUCUGUGUUAAGAAAAUUAAAUUUUUUGAUCCAAAAUGUAAGUUAACAUAUCUAUUAAGAUAAAUUGUGUAAAUCAGUGUGUAAUUUUAUUGUUUAUUACUCGAAAGCAAUAAUUGUAAAACUGUGUGGUUGUUCAUAACCUCUUGUUUAUUAGAGGUACUUUAAUCAUGGGAUGACUGUAUUUAUCAGUGAUCAUGUGUAAAUAACAUAAGUAUGUAACUCGCAUCUUUAGUCAUUUUAUUUUUGCAUUUGUGAAUUCUAACUAUUUUUUUUUCUUUUGUAACUGUUUUUGAUGAUUUUUUAUUAUUACUAUUAUUUUAUAUGAUUAUUUUUAUUAUUGUUUAUGAAAAAUUAUGACAACAAUUAUUUUAAUACUUUUAACAUUGAUAAAUAAACGUUGAAGUCAUCAUUCCUAUAAUAUAUAAUUAA